AUGGUACAAUUAUCCAUCACGGCCUGGCUGAAAAAGCCCACGCCUAUGGCUGCUAGCAAAACAGACGAGCCUACACCCACUUCCACGCCUACGCCCGCGCAUACAGCCCAUGUGCCCCGCUCAGAUCCUUCUCUGGAGACCAAACCUGCCACUGAGGCUUCAGUGGCUGCCAGCACUCACGAUACAAUUCAUGCCCCGGUCAAAACUGCCUACUCGCUCCCUCCUCUUCCUCCAAAUGUCCAGCUCGUCCCGUUGACCGAGGAUCUCAUGUCUGGCUUCCAACGCCUUACUGCGCUAACUUUGCCCAUAUCGUAUCCGCCUGCUUUCUUCGCAGAGUCAAUGACGGAGCCCAUUCAUAGCAUUACCCUGAUAGCUCUCUGGCAGACUGCGCCACGUAUUCCAGAAUCGGCAUCUAACCCAGAAAAGCCCCGCGUGGUGGGAGCAAUACGCUGCCGUCUUCUCCCUUCCUCUACGCUCUACAUAUCCACUAUCAGCCUGCUCGCACCAUACCGAUCGCAUGGCAUAGCAGCUCAUCUUCUACAAAACAUAGUUGCGAAAGCCUCCCAUGAGCAUGGCAUCCGCUCUGUCACUGCUCACGUGUGGGAGGCAAAUGAGGAUGGCUUGGAAUGGUAUGGAAAGAGAGGAUUUGAAAUUAUUGGAAAAGAGGAAAAGUACUACAACAAGCUGAAACCUUCUGGGGCUGUACUUGUGAGGAAAUGGAUUGCAGUGUCGGACUUGUUGGCUUCUGCAAGCAAGACUAGCACCACAACUAUCUGA